UUACUGGUGUCUUCCUCACUUCCGGCUUCGAAUUUACCGGAAGUAAAUCAAAAUAAAACAGGUGGGACGCUGAUUCUCAUCUUCAUAGGAAGCCAAAACUUCACUUCUGUUGAGUUUUUUAAACUCUUCCAGCGGGAUGUCUUUCCCCUCAGCUUUCAGUACGCAGGUGGCCGCCAUCAUGGAUGUUCUGGCCAAAGCUGCGGUGGCAGAAAUAACGAUGCUGGUGGAGGAGGGCAGCGUGGCUCUGCGGCUGGAGGUGAGCAGAAGGGACAGCGAGAUCCAGGAGCUCCGGAGUAACUUGAAGAGGACGGAGGCUGAGCUCCGGAAAGCUCAGGAAGCGGCUGCAAGGCGAGCUACAGCCGAGAAACAGAUGCAGACCGCAGCAGCGGCGGAUCAGGAACUGUGGAGAGAUAAGGAGAAACAUCCUGAAAUUGACGAGGAUUAUCCUGAACUAAAAACUGCUGAUUCAUUCUGUGUGUCUCACAUCAGUCCAGAUGUGAAGCAAGAGCCAGAAGGUGAACUUCGGUUCGAUGAAGCAGCCGAACAUGCAGCGACGGAUGCACCGGAUCGAGGCAACCCCAUCUGGCCGGCUUGUGGAGUGUCUGAGAAAAGUUCUGUUGCAGUUCAGGAGCAAUCACAGAUGUUUCCAUGUAAUGACAUACGGAGUACAUAUUUACCUUCGGGAAAGGAAGGAGAAGAUGUUUGCUUUAAUGUGCCGGUGAAAGAAGAGCUCUCUGUGCUUGUUGAGUCCGUUUAUAAAGACGAUUUGCUUCCUGGUGACGUUCGGGAUGAUUGUAUGGAGUCUGGAGGGCCGUCGGCAGAUUCACUUCAUGCACAGGCAGAAUCCUCUGGAUCAAAUGAAGAGAUUAUCAACAGGAAAAUGAACCGCAGACCAAAAAGGCUUAUGACCGUGUGGCGAGGGAAUCAGAGCGUCUACAUCUGCUCGGUGUGCAACAAGAGUUUCCUCCGCUUGUCUCAGCUGGAGGAGCACAAGAACACUCACCAGGCCUCCAAACCUUUCAGGUGCCUCGAAUGCGGGAAGUCGUUCACCCAGAAGACCCGGCUGAAGACGCACCAGCGGGUCCACACGGGAGAGAGGCCGUUCAGCUGCAGCAUCUGCGGGAAGAAGUUCUCCAGGCAGGACAACUGCCUGAGACACGAGCGCUUCCACAGCGGGCUGAAACCGUUCAGCUGCAGGCAGUGCGGGAAGAGCUUCACCGUGCUGGGAAACCUCAAAAUCCACCAAGUGAUCCACCUGCGUGGACGGUACUUAAAACCUGGCUUCAUAAACACCACAAACAGAGCAAAUGGAAAGAGAUGCAGCACUAAUUUUUCAGGGACUGGCUGGUUCAUCAUGUUGAACGGCGUGGCUCUGCGCUCCCAGAUCGCCUCCGUGGUUGAUGCCCUGGCCAAAGCAGCUGUGGCAGAGAUUUUCAAAGUUGUGGAGGACGGCAUGGUGGUGCUGCGGCUGGAGAUGUGUCAGCGGGAGGAUGAGAUCGAGAGGCUGAAGAGCAGCAUGGAGGUCCUGCAUGGAGAGCUGCGGGCGGCGCGGCAGGCGGAGACCCACCGGCUGGAGCACCGCGGAGGAGACGAAAGUCAGAGGGGUGUUGGAGAUGAGAAGAUCCUGGUUGAGAAGGGUCCCUCUGUUGAAAACCACAGCAUGUCGUCUGCACCUGAAGCACAACAUAAAGGUGGACUUGUGAAGGAGGGAAACGAGGAUGGCAGAGGACAGGUGGACAGGCCAUUGGAAGGGUCUCUGUAUGGAGGUGGGCAGUGGAGGCCAGGGGUGCCAAAGGAGGCUGGAGGCAGCAGCUCUGAAUACUUAACUCUAGGCCAAAACUCCUUGUCGUGUCUCUCCGAGCCUUCGUUGGAUGGCGGGCUUGUUCUGUCCUGCAGCAGCUCCGGUGGGUUUCCGCAGAGCCCCUUCAGCCGUGGCCUGCUGGGUUACAACCAGUACAGGAACACGGUGCGCAGGCGGACGGUGAAGAGGAUGAUGUUCAAGAAAGGUUUCAUCUGUCCGUACUGCGGUAAGUGCUUCGAACGAGCCGGACACCUGGAGAGGCACAAGAGGAUUCACACGGGUGAGAAACCGUAUCGCUGCGAGAUCUGCGGACGGCGGUUCAACCAGAAGUGCAGCCUAAAGGAGCACAUGAAGAUUCACAGAAGAGGUCUUCAGACGAGACCAGGAGAGGUCCAGAUGAGCCAACAAAUCCAAAUCCCACAGGUGAAUCCAUGUAUGGACCAGCAUCGGCCUGAAGAGGUCAGCCAGGUGAAGGCCGACGAUAACCAAACAAAGUCUGAAGAAGUUCUGCCAACAUCCGUUCAGGUAAAAUCUGAGCCGGUCGAGGAAAAUAUUACGGAACCGCAGCUUCAUGUGGAAAACAAUCAGGCUGACAGCAUGGGUGAAAACGUAACACCAGUGGAUCAAGGCAGCCAGCUGUGGGCAUCCAGGUUACAGAACAAUCCGACAGAGUUUCUAAACAGCUCGCCGCAGAACAUGUCUUCCUUCCCGGCCAUUACUCAGUUACUCCAGCCACCAGAGGAAACUACUUACAGCAACUUUUCCGUCCGAGGAAAAAUGUACGGGCAGCUGAAAACCUCCACCGUCCCUCAGACGCCUUACGGGUGCUCGGGGUCGGUCAUCAUCUCCAGUAACCCCGGCUUGCAAGACGCGACGGAGGCCUCAAACCACCUCAGAGAGAGGAAAAACCGUCCGUUUCGAGUUCUGAAACCAAAGAAAUGCUUUGUCUGCACCUACUGCGGGAAGGUGUUUGAGCGAGCCGGACACCUGGAGAGACACCUGCGGAUUCAUACUGGGGAGAAACCGUACGGCUGCCAUAUCUGCGGGAGGUGCUUCAACCAGAAGAGCAGCCUCAAAGGUCACAUGAAGACUCACAGAAACGGGACGACGACAGACAUGCUGGAGGCCCAUCACCUGAUGUUCUCAGUGUCCGACAAUCAGCUAAUGGAGAGCUACGUGGAAACCAGUGACGGACCAACAGCUGCGGACGAGCCGUUUCCCGCCCCGGCGUACACUCACUCCAUCAAAGAGGAGCCGCUGGCGGUGAAGCUGGAGCCCAGCGACGAAAACUUCCUCUCUGUGUCUCAGGUGGGGACGGACAACAGAGCCGCAGCAGCAGACAAAAGUUUACUGUGGACGUCUGCAGUGGAGGAAAGCAUCGACAGCCCAGAUCAACCGGUCAGUGUACUUUUACAAGACGUGAAGUACCACCUCAGUUCUCCUGCAGGGGGAGCCAGUGAGCAGCAGUGCUUCACCUCACCCAUAAAGGAUUUGGCUUUUAUAGACAACAAAGCAAAGGAGGAUCCAUUUUCGGCUGUGGGAUUGCAGCAAAGGACUUCAAAUCUAAGUCACGAUCUGGCUGGAAGGGAUUUCUGCUCGGAGAGCGGCGAGGGCGUGAACCAAGAUGGCAUCUACGAGUUUACCCUGAGAGCAUCGGACAGCUUCGAGGACAGCUGCAGCGCAGACCCUGCCAGACAGAACUACAUCUGCUCCAGCUGUGGGCAAAGCUUUGACAGUUUCCAUAUUUUCCAGGAGCAUCAGUGUGAGAAACUCCCAGAGCAGCCGUUAAGCUGCGAGAUGUGCGGAAAAACUUUCAACCAGCUGAGCAUCCUGAAGCUGCACCUUAAGCUACAUGCUAAAUACUUGUCUACCACGUCGUCGUAUGUUUUGUUUUCAGUAAUUUAUCGGUACAUUGUGGAAAAACGUUGGAAUUUACACCUUUUUUUACCUGCUUCCAACAUUAAAUCUGUGAACAUGGCUUCGUGCGUUCCCUUCCAGACACAGUUAUCCUCAAUAAUGGAGGUCCUGGUGAAGGCAGCAGUGGCACAAAUCUCCAAGCUGGUGGAUGACAAAUGUGCCUUCUUGCAUCUGGAAAUAUCCCGCAAACAAAGCGAGAAUGAGAUGCUGAGGAGGAAGCUGCUGCUGAUGGAGAGCAAGAAUGCGCAGCUGCAGCGGGGAUUCGAAAACUACAUGGAUCGAGGAACUGAUUUAGGAAGAAACGUUUCACAUCCCUCUAGAGACUUAAAGUUUCCUGAGAUUGAAGGAUCCAGUGUUUCCUUCACAAUUAAGGAAGAAAGUCCAGAUGAGGCGCUGUGGAUCAGUGAUUCUGCUGCAGCCAUUGGUACUGCUGUCCCGUAUCCUGCUCAGGAGAGCCAGCAGGUCAUCCAUCCAGAUGUUACCAGACUCAAGCCUGCAGAGUUCAGCGGCCCGUUCAGCUCCGGCCAGCCGCCAGUUGACAUCAGCAGCCUUCAGUUCACAGUGAAGACAGAGAAGGAGGAGGACCAGCUGUCCUUCAGACAGGAUGGAUGCCAGCACCGCGUGGGGAAGCAGACUCCCACCGCCGUCGACUAUCCCGUGGACGAGCGGGAAAGUCAGCUUUGGUCAUCGCUCAUCGAAGGGAAUGAAAUCGACGCCGGGUUUCCUGAUUUCUCCAGCGUGGUGGAGGAAUAUUCCAGCUCUUUCUCUGAGCACUCGGAUGCCACGAACAUGGCGUCCAACACCAGCAAGUCGCCCGGUGUCCAGGAGCUGUGCAACGGGGUGUACGGCGGCGAGUAUCAGAAGGACGCGCAGCUGUCGCAUUUCCAGCCCCGAGCACAGGACAAGCAGAAGGAGCAGCUGUUCCUGCAACGGAGCGGCUCCCACGCCACCCAGCUGGGCCCGCCGCAGGAGGAACGGCAGAGGGAGGCGGGUGCCGAGGACGGAGCGAAUGCCACCCAGCCGCCUAACGCCUUCACCACCAGCUGCUUCUACACUCACGCCCCCCAGAAACCCGUUUCCCGCGGCUACGCCUGCUCCCAGUGCGGCAAGUCCUUCAGCCGCCUGCACCAGUUCAAGCUGCACCAGCAGAGUCACAGGAGGAAGCGCACGUUCUGGUGCAGUGUGUGUGGAAAGAGCUUCCAGUGCUCGUCCCACCUCAGCAUCCACCACCGGACGCACACGGGGGAGAAGCCGUACGGCUGCGGACAGUGCGGGAAGCGCUUCACGCAGCAGAGCAGCCUGCGGGUGCACCAGCGCACGCACAGCGGCGAGCGACCCUACAGCUGCUCGCAGUGCGGGAAGUCCUUCAUCAUGAUGCACCACCUGAAGCGACACAGGAUCAUCCACACCUACAGCUGAGGCGCCGGCGGCCGACACAACCAAUGAGAGAAGCCAAUGAACCACAGAUCCUUUGUUUGUUUGUUUUACUGAAUCCAUCUGGGCUUAGGACUGAGUAUUAGGGCCACGCUAAAAACAUUAAAAAAAAUGAAAUUAUGAGAAUAAAGUUUUAACAUUAUGAAAAUAAAUUCGUACAAGAAUAAAGUCAAAAUAAUAUGAGAAUAAUGUCGUAGCAUUACAAGACUAAAGGCGUAACAUUAUGACUUUAUUACUAUAUUAUUUUGACUUUAAUUUUGUACAACUUUAUUCUAUAAUAUGACUUCAUUCUUUAAAUCCUGUCUUUAUUCUCAUAUUUAUUUUAUUCUUGUGCUCCUUUAUUCCAGUAAUAUUAUGACUUUUCUCCUAUUAUUUCGAUUUAAUUCUCAAAAUAGUUUGACUUUAUUCUAAGAUUAUUAUGACUUCAUUAUUUUAUUCUUAUUUUUGUCAUUGUUUCUUAGCAUGGCCCUAACACUCCGUCGUAGGAAUGGGUCCACUUUUUGUUUCAUGAUGAUAAAAAAAGUGACAGUGAGUUGUGUGAGAAAUGUCUGAAGCUAGAAAUCCCAAAAAAAAAAAAAAAAGCAAAAGAUGUGGGACCCUCAAACAAAACCUUCCACCUUUAUCUGACUGUUACAGAGAAUCUAGACCAGGGCUGUCCAAACCUUUUGUCAUCGAGUCAGAAAUACUUACAGGCCAAGAAAGCAGAAAAAACUAUAAUCAAGCUAAAACGUCCAUUAUUUUGUUUUGUUUGGUUUGUUUUUUUUAAUAGGAAAGGAAGGAAUGUUGUUUAUCAUAGAUCCAAAACUUAAAAAAAAAAAAAAUACUGUUUACUCUAUUAAAAGUUAGGCAUUUAGUUUUCAAGUUUCUUUUGGACUCAGUUGAAUAAAUUUAUUCUCAAUUGUCGGAACAGAAUUUGUUUCAACAUGUUUGCUACAUUUAACCAAGUUUCUAA